ACCAAAAUGGCCGCUAUGUAGAAAAAAAAAUGAUAAUGUAUACACACAUAAAUUUACAGUCUUUUCUUGACUGUUGACUUAAAUGAAUUAAAAAUGUAAUUCGAUUUGAUAAAGGCUAUCUUUUUAGGCGUUCAAGAAUUACAAGGUGAUGGUCACACAGAUGUAAUUUUAACAGAAACCUUACAAUGUCGAGAGAAUUAUUUCGCCCACAGUAUCGACAGAUCAGCAGAAAGAAUGGCUGGACCUGUCCGCCCCACCCUCUGCAAUGUGUGGCCUGGUUUUUCGUUCUUUAUUUUUCGUUUGUGAAUUUCACAACUCUGAUUCCACAUUUAUAUUCAGAUUCUCAGCCAGCUGUUUAUACUCUCACUGGUAUUGCUCUGCUUUCUCAUAUUAUUACUCAUAUUGUGGCCAGUACAAUUAACCCAGCGGAUGCUGCAGUGCUGAAGGGCAGUCAAAAAAGAAAGCCAUUUGACAGAAAAAAACAUGCUCAUGUCAUUGAUGAAAACAUGCAUUGCUACAUCUGUGAAACAGAUGUGGCCUCCAACUCUAAGCAUUGUAGUGCCUGUAAUAAGUGUGUAGCAGAGUUUGACCACCAUUGUAAAUGGCUGAACAACUGUGUGGGAGGCAAGAACUACAGGUGGUUUCUGGCAGUGCUGGUGACUGGUAUGCUGGGUGUGUUAUUUGUUCUUCUUGUGGCCUUGCUGGAGUUUGUUACUUACUAUAGUGAUAAAACUGAUGGAAACAUUUUGCAACCAUAUAUAGAUUGAAUUAAUGCUGAUGUUUUGUUUUCAGAGUUCAAUAUCUGCUAUGUACCAGUUCCUGAUAAUGGUUUUCUAGCUAUAGUGGGCGUCACUUCUGUAUUCCUGCUUCUGGCACUAGGACUUCUUAUACACUUAUUUUCCUUCCAUUGCUAUCUAAUGUAUAACAACAUGACAACAUAUGAGUACAUUGUCCAUCAGCGCGAGAGAGAAGAGAACGAUUAUAAUACAGAUGUACCAAGCAGUCACAGAGAAAAGAAAAAGUCAAAAAUGAAAAACCGAGUAGAGCCAAGCAAUGUGAGAAGUGGAAAAGACAAAAUGUCCUCAUCCUCUGAUGUGAAUGAAAAUAGUGGUCUACAUUACCAGAGAAUGUUAGAAGAGGCAGAACGACAGAGAACGGAUGGGGAAACCCCUCCUCCCCUGACCUCCCCCAUACAUCAUCUGGACAACAAUAACAUGACUUUUGAUAAGUACAGCCGUGUGGAUGACAGUGAUGGAAGCAAUACAGUGAAGAGAUUGAGGAGGAAGAAGAGGAAAAGUCUGCGCGGCCAACCAAGAUCAAACACUGGAGAAGACAGCCAGGAAACGGAGCAGAAAAUAUCCACUAUUGAUAAUUCUUCACUUUACUACACCAAAUCUUUAAAAACACAAAUGGAAGCUUCUUUGAAGAAGCAUUCACAGAAAUUGAUGCCUAGUGUUCAUGAAAAUAAAAGUUAUCAUUCUGACUCGUACGAUUCCCAAAAUGAGGCUCCACCAAAAGCCGUGUAUAAGGGAGACUACACUCAAGAAAUAAGCCCAGACUCAGGAAUCAAUUCACAGGAUUCUCUCCACAGAAGUAAACGGUUACGCCGUAAAAAGCCCCGUAAACCCAAAAACAAUGAUGUAGAAGAAGAAGAAAAUGAAGACUUGAAUUCAACCACGAUUUUCACAGUAAACGGAACAGCCAAAUUUAAUAGAGACGGUAGUCUGAAUUAUAAGGAUGGUUUUCGCGAGCUACCGUUAACACCCGUUCAACUGAGGAAGAGCGGGAGUCCCAGUGAAACUAGACAUGUAGAUGUGCCAAAAUUAGACUUAGGAGCUCUGAGGGAAAGUUACGAGAGUAAUUCGUAUCAACCUGUCAGUUCACUAAGGUCGUCAGAUACGUACAGAGCGGUGCUAGGAAAAAUUCCUGAGAGAUCAUCAUAUGACACGGAGGUCUAGUCUUUUUAUUUGAUACUGUUGAUAUCUCAAGGAAGUGUUUGUUUUUUUUUUUCUUCCCAUAAUGCCUAUCUGUUUCCCUAACAAAAAAUUUGAAAUUCACUGUAUGUGAUCUAAGAGCAUAUCUUUGCUCAUUCAGUUCUCUAAUUCUGUAGUAAUUCUGACCCAUUCAAUCAAUAUUUAGUUUUAUUGAAUUUCAAAGACAUACACAUGUACUUUAAAUUUGCAAUCAGGUGUUUAAUAAUUUCUUCUUAUGUUCAAAUUCUAAGAUUUUUCUUAUUGUAUUAGUAAUUGUAUUCAUCAUUUCAAACUUUCCUUUAAUGUUCUUGUGUCUAUUGUACUGUACUGCCUUCUGUUAUUUAUCUAAAUAAUUGAUUUUAUUAACCACUGCUUUAUAUUUACCUUGACUGUGAUAUCAUUUUAGCUGUAUGGUUGUGAGAGUGUUAUACUAAUUGUUAUCAUUCCUUUUAUAUUGGUUGAAGAAGGGCUUUUGAUUUUGUGAUUAUGAGGAAAGAGAAAUUUCAUUUGCAAAACAGAGGUUUUAAACUGCCUUUACUCUGUUGUUACAAGUACUGAGUCAAUUCAGAUUGAGUACUUAAUGGUAUACAUGUAUAUAUGACAUGUGAAAUUUUGAUUUUGUGCCCCAUCAUGAAUAUGGCUGAGCAUAUUUGUUCUUAGCUUUUAUGUUAUCAAAGCUAUUUUGCUCUAAAUUUAAUAUACACAUGCAUAUUUUAUUUGUUUAUUUAUUGGCUUGGUAAUGCAUUAUUGCUUCCGUCCAAAAUAUUGUUUUCAAUAUUAUAUUUUUGUUUUUUUUAAUGCAUCUUUUAUUAUUUAUUGUAAGUGAAUCCAUUCCAUUUAGAUUAUAAAGGACCAAGCUCACAAGAUGUUAGAACUCUUCAUUAUUCCCCUGACCGAUUCAAUAAAGCAUAUACAUGUAUAUUGCAGUUUUUUUUAUUUGUAUUGUAGGGGGGAAACAAAGAUUUCUUAUAAUUUUCAGCAUUUUAAAACUGCAAAUUAAGUGGUAAAAAUCAUUUAAUUGUGCCUUCUUAAAGAAAAUAUAGAAACAUUUGCAGUUCACAUACUUGAAUGUUUAUAUUGUUUAUACAUGUAGAUACUUGGUCAUAAUUUAAUAGUACAUGUAAUUAGUUAAAUCCAGAAUUUUUUCCUGCAUUUCAUUUAAUUUCCAUAUUUAGGCCCUAAAUACUAAACAAACAAUUCUAAGAUAAGUUCAUUGUUCACGUUUCAACUGUUUUUAUUUUUUUUUUUUAACUAGCAGGUAAUGUUUUUAGAUCACUUUUAACGUAAAAAUGAUUUUGUGUUUUUAUUUAAUUUAUUUUGUACAUUAAGUUUACACAGAGCACUCUUUAGUGUAUUGUCACUUAUUGAUUAAAUUGUCAUUAAUUUAUACUGACAAGGCUUUGUUGUCAGUCAGUUUAUAUUGUAACAAUAAAAAUUGAUGAUAAA